AAACAAAUCUUUCCAAUCGGUUAGAAGCAGAUUCAUGGAUGAAGACGAUGACGAGACCAGAGCUCCUUCUUCUGCUGCUUCUGAUGGCACUAUUGCCCUAGAGGACCAAGAGCCUGUUAUUCGCAAGGUACAACUCACCAAGCCUGAGUCGUCUGCUUUGAAAUCGGCUGAAAUUCCUCCAGUACAGAGAGUGCAGAAGAAGAAGGUCACUAUUGAUCAACCAGAACGUGCUAGAGAAGAAAGAAAAGAAGAGGAUAAUGAUGAGGAUAAUGAUGAGGAUAAUGAGAAAACUUUCCAGGCCAAGCAAAGACAAGAAUACAGGAAGUCUAUGGCGGCUGCUUCAUUUAACGUUGAUUUGUUUGAUAUUGAUGAUCCGGAUAACACCUUAACCCAAGUGUUGCUCUACUUGGAGCAUCAGACUGUGGAAGUAAUCAACACCAUUCAAGUGUUGUUAACAGCUAUUAGAAAACCUAAUGCUACCAGAGGAGAGUUGAGUCAGAAAUCCAGAGCUGUUACCGAAGUUAUCAAGCAGAUGACAGAAGCUACCAACACUUCGAUGAACCAAACCAGAAACGCUCAAUUGAAAGAGCACGGAAGUUGGAUCGUCAACAGUUUGGAGGAUUGUUUCCAUCGGAUGAAUAUCUUAUCGAAGCCUUCUAACGAUGAAAAGAGAGAUCUGGAGUUCGCCGAUAAGUCAUUGAAGCAAAGAUUAGCAGGAAACUGCCAUGACAUAGUGAGGUGUACAAAGGAGUUGGUGAAAACGGUCGAAGAGGCCAGUUUGAAGGAGGAUAUCGCUAACUUGGAUGCUAGAUUGAGACACUCCCACGAUUUGGCAUAAAUGCCUGUCAAAAAUUUGUAAAACUACGGGAGCUAUACUUGUUGAGUUUAUGUUUUACGUGUAUUAUUCGUUAUUUAAUGUCUCUUGAUAUUUAAUACAUAAAUUGAAAAUAAAGAUCCUCUUAUCUGACAAACUUGGAAAGAAAUGUCUGAUGGUAGUCAGAAUCGACCGAGUUUGUAGUGAACUUGGAGUCUUUGGUAGUGUUGUCUUUGUCAGAUCUGAAUGCUGAUUUUCUCCAACUCUUUUUGGUGGCAGUAGAUAGAAGAGGGUUCGCAUCCAAUAGUCUUUGAUCCUGGAGCUUCUUCUGCUCCUCUUUUUCUUUCUUGAUGUUGGCAAGCUCUGCGAGCAACGCUUCCGAAUCUUCAUCGGAGUCUGAGUCUGAGUCUGAGUCUGAAUCAUCAUCAAAAGCCUCCGAGUUGCUGGUAGCAGGAUCAUUAUCAUCCACAGAGGCAUCUUCUUUUAUAGUAUUAUCAUCAACUUCAUCAGGAUCUCGAGACUCAUAUUUGGUGUUCACCAGCCCUGAACUCUCCUCAUCUCUUUCUGUCUUGAGACGCUUAGUCUGAGCAUUCACCUCCCCAUUGAACCUCUUCACCUCAUCGCCAUUUACAUUAUAAAAUGGAGCAUCAGAUCGGUAUUUCAACUCUGUCUGCUGAGAUAAGCCUCUUGCAUGCACUACAGAGUCACCUAUAGGUCUCUUCUUCCCCUUCUUACUCUCAAGUGUGGGUCUGUGGUUGGUUGUCAUUAUGUGGAGCAGAAACGGUAAU